CACUUGGAAGAAAAUGAAGAUUUCAAUUUUAUUUCUUCAUGUGGAAGCACAAUUCUUGGAAUGCUAAUUUCAGGAAAUGUAAUUGUAACAACGUGCGAGCAAUUUGUAACAUUUUCCAACAUUUUUGGGAACUCAAACAAAACAUUUCGCCGAGAAUCCUAUAUGAUCGAUUGUGGAUAAUAAUAUUUGGUGACGCUACUAUGGUUUCCGCUUUCAUUUUACGAGAGUAUUCUGUUUUACGAAUUUGAAAGAAUCCCUGAUCAUUUCCAAUGGCAGCGAGAUGGGAAGACGAUUUGCAAGGUUAUGACGUGGAUCGUUUUCAAGGAGAAAUCAGCGAGGAUCUGCUUUGUUCCAUUUGUCAGGAAGUUCCAAAAGAUCCCAGACUUUGCCAACACAAAGAUCAUAUAUUUUGUUUCGCUCAUAUAUCACAACAUCUCGUUCAAAACUCUCAAACAUGUCCAGUUUGCAGAGAUCCUCUGACUCAAGAAACCUUAAGACGACCAACAGGAUUUCUGAAGAAUUAUUGGGAACGUCUUAGACUCAAGUGUGAUCAUCAUGAACGAGGAUGCCCUGACUACGUUCGUCUGGAACAUCUUCCAAGACAUGCCGAGGAAUGUGGAUAUGGUCCUGUCAUGUGUCGUAAUGAGGGAUGUGAAACAGAGGUCAAUAGAAGAGAUAUUGAAACUCACGAGAAAGAUCUUUGUCAGUUCAGAAUCGCUAAAUGUCACGACUGUAAAGAUAUCAAGGUCAGCAUGGCUGAAGUGAAAGAAGACUUGAAAAAUAAAGUGGACGAAUUGGCUGAAAAACAAGAUGAAAUAAGUGUCAAAGUGAAUCGAAUGGAGGAAAAUGUUAACGAAAUGAGACGAAGCCAAAAAGAAAUGAACGCACGUCAAGUGAAGUUUGAAUCUGUGGUCACGCAACAGUUGCAAAGGAUGACAGAAAUGUUGAAUCAGUUAUUGCAAGGAGGAAUACGAAGUGAAAAAUGCUUGCAACCAAUUGCUUCGGUCGAGAAUCAAGAAAUCAUAGUUCUUGGUGGGUAUUCCUCCCGAGAUUUUACCAGGCCUUUGAAAACGGUCGAAAAUUUCAACAUGGUCCUGGGAAGAUCGACGCGGUACCCAGACAUGUUGGUCGCCAGAGGAACGCCCGCGUCCUGUGUUCACAAUUCCGAUGUAUUUGUCUCGGGUGGUUACGAUGGUAACACGGGCACUGGCGUCAUCGAAGUGUUGAAGAUUGACCAGCAAACUUUGCAGUGGGUCGAGUUCGCAGAUAUUUCGCAUGUCAAGUUAUCAGAUCACGUCGCUGUUGUCUUUCAAAAACGCCUCUACCUUAUUGGCGGGCAAGAUCGGAUCUCUGAGGAGAUGAGUGAUCGUAUUUACGCCGUCAAUCUUAUUGGGCCCAGCCUUGCGCUUAUGAUGGCUAGGAUGCCUCAGCCAAGACGACAUCACCAAGCAGAGCUCGUGAACGGAAAGCUGUUCAUCUUGGGAGGAAAGUCGAUCAACGCUAAAGCACUUGACAGUGUUGUCGCUUAUGAUUUGGAUAAGAAUGAGUUUACGACGUGUCCAUCGUUACCUCAGCCUGUUACCGCCAUGUCCACAGUUACCUGGGGUAAGAUGAUAAUCGUUGUUGGCGGCGAAGAUAAGAAUGGUCAGGUUUUAAAUGAUGCCUACAUGUAUGACACUGAGACGGGGCAAAUUCAGCGAGUGCCCUCCAUGAUUUACAGAAGAAAAGGCUGUUCAGCUGUCAUAGUGAACAACGUCAUUGUCGCGUUUGGUGGACGGAAUAAGGAGCAGGGAUUUCUCAACUCAGUGGAAUCUUUCACCAUUGGUGGAGAUCGCUGGAAAGAACUGCCAGGAAUGAUAGAAAAACGAUGCUGGGCAACUGCUGUAGUGAAACCUCACAUCUGAAAAAAAAACUUCAUAUUGUGUUCUUGUUUGAUAAGAUAUCAAACCAGGUGACAUCAAUAAAUAAAUUAGCUUGUAGGUAGCUUAUAGAUUGAUUAGAUAAGGUAAAUUAGUUAUGUUAUAUUAGUUCUGUUUAAGGGCUGAUUACAUGGAGUGUUUUCAGCCAGGGCUGA